AUGAUUUGUAAGAAUAUUUUUUGUCGUGAGGAGUUACCGUCGACAGUGUUCUUCUUGCCGAGAGGAGGAAGCACGUCGACGAGAUCAAUUGGACUACUAGCACUACCCGUAAAUGAUCGAUCGAUGAGGAUUGUUGCUAUGACUGAGCGGCAGCUCUCCGGCGGAAUCGGACUACUAGCACCCUACCACCACCACCCAUCGUCCCAUUCGAGCAGUGCAGUUUGCGAUCACAAGACAUCUUCUAAGCAAACUGCCGAAUCCGUUGUUGUGUUGUGUUGCCCUACCGCCGCCUCUGUGUGUUAUUCGUCAAUUUUGCCCACGGUUUUAAAACUUGCUCCGGUAAGUUUUGAGAAGAAGUGUGUGGAGAGUUUUAUGUUUCCAUUUCGUUUUGUUAGUAAUUUGGUGGAUAGAGAGGAUGUUGUUAAUGUGGCGCAGUGGUUAGUACGCGUAGUUGUUGAGAAAAGGGAUGCUGGUUCGAUGCAAGCCAAGGACAUAAAGUUGAUUGAGUGA